ACACACAACAAACCUAAAAUUCAAACCCUAAAUCAUCGCAACUCCACCCAAAAAAAAAAAACCUCAACAUAUUUACACAAAAAAAAAAAAAAAAAUCAACUAAAAGAUGUGCGAUGACAGCGUAAAUCUUCCCCCUGGAUUCAGAUUCCUCCCAACUGAUGAAGAACUUGUUCUUCACUUUCUCUACCGCAAGGCCUCUCUUUUGCCUUGCCAUCCCAACAUCAUUCCUGUUCUUGAUCCUUAUUUUCAUGACCCCUGGCAACUUAAUGGAAAAGCGUUGUGCAGUGGAAACCAAUGGUACUUCUUCAGCCAAAUGAUGGAGAAUCGAGUGAGUGAAAAUGGGUAUUGGAAGGAUUUGGAUUUUGAGCAACCUAUUUUCACAAGUGCCAGCAAACAAAUUGGAGUCAAGAAACAUUUUUUGUUCUUCAUUGGUAAAGCUCCAAGUGGUGUAGAAACCAGUUGGGUUUUGCAGGAAUAUCAUCUCUGCGACUUUGGAUUCAAUUCUUCUUCUUACAAAAGAAAAAGAAAUCCAAAACUAGAUUGCUACAAAUGGGUUCUAUGUCGAGUUUACGAGAGGGAGAACAAUUCUGAAAGUUUGUGCUAUGGAGAUGAUGAUGAUACUGGAACCGAGCUUUCAUGUCUAGAUGAAAUGUUCUUGUCAUUAGAAGAUGAUCUUGCCGACAUAAGUUUGCCUGAUUAAUGUUUUGAUUUCAAUUAUCAACAGGGUUUAAUUAUAUUUCCCUUCUUGUACACAUUUUGGUUAAAUAUACUAAUGAAAAUGUAAACUCAAGCCCGUGAUCUUAUUACAAGAAAUUAAUGUAUUUAAUAUACUUCUCUAUAUAUAGAAGAGUGGAGCCACAUAAUGUUGGGUUUCCCUUAUGAGUUUUGAUUAA